AUGUCCCGAACAAAAAGGCUCUACAUCGUGAAUGCCUUGUGCUGUUGGACAACGAGUCUACCUCAAGAGCUCUGGGUUGCACCCAGCAAUCAGCCACCACAGAGUUAUUUCGCAAGCAGCCACAACCUACCAGCUCGCCAGCUCUACCUACCAUACUUCACUAGUUUAAUUGUGCUUUCUCGAAUGCAACACUCGGCGGGAUCACUAUCAGUGGUUGCGACGUUGGCUGCAUCAUUUGUGGCUCGUAUCUUUGAAGACUUCCUGGCCAGGGACGAUAUCAAAGUUUUGGCACCGAUCAGUACUCGGUAUUGCCUCAUCUCAAGCAUGGCUUUAGUGUCUGUCAUGCCUGAUAAGCGACUGUGGGAUGCAGUGCAGCCAGAUCUGGAGGUAUUGCAACUUGCCCUCACGGAACUCUCAAAGCGCUGGCGGUCAGCAAUUGGAGCUUCCAGAGCUCUCCAAAAUGCUAUCAAGAAGAGACAGCAACGAAUGAACAACUCUACAACCGAAUUGCGGAUGGACAGUCAGAAUUCCCUAGAGUACUUCAAGAUGAUAGACCUUGGCUAUUGCCGUAUAUGGAAUACUUUGAGCCAGCAGCUGUCCUCAACCUCGCUGGACAUCCAACAACAAAUGCCACAGCCAAUACAACCUCUGGGCGAUGCGUUAGAUACCAAUGACGAGCAGUUUAUGGAUCCGGGGGAUGCUUUUGAUAUGGGGACGAUUGAAUUCGAGCAUGUAGAGAAUUGA